AUGACUGUACAGCCGUCACAGCGGAAGUGUCGUUGUGCUGUCCGUUGUUGUGACAUUACAGAAAAAGACCUGAAAUAUUCACCAUCAAAAGAUACAAUCGCGUGGCUCCAAAGUUCGUCAGAGCUAUUCUUUGUUUAUGUAAAGAAACGGAAAACCUCCAAAAUUAGAGGACACUCUGAUCUGCCUUUCACUGACAUUUUAUGGAGUCCAGAUGGCAAAAGUUUGGCAGUAUUUUCUAGUUUGUCGGUGUUUAUUGACAUAUAUUCUGUGAACUCAGAGCAGGCGUGUUGUGCAGCAAGUAUCAGCGGGGCGAAAAAUGACCAACUCGGACGACCGUUAGCUCAGUUCAGCCCUGACGGAGAAUAUUUUGCAACCGUCAAUAUUUCAACUCAAGGAUACGCCAUAACCAUAUACAACUCCGGUGAUUCGUCUUGGGAUUGUGUUCAAAGAAUGGUGUGUAAUGACAGCCGAGACGUCGGUGGACUACUGUGGUGUCUAGACUCGGCUAGUUUGCUGGUCUGGCAGUCAGGAUCUUCGCUGCAGCUGCGGUUGUGGACUGCGGACGGAACUGUGGAACGCAGUCUUGCUGCAGACGAUGCAGCAGUGAGCUGCGUCUGCCUGUCUGACUGCGGAAGAGUGGCUGCAGUGCUCACUGCUGACUGUAAGGUGAGAAUAUUGGAUUUGCUGACCUGGCGUUUGGACAUGACGGAGGUUUUAAUCCACAAUCCAAUAAUACACAAGUCUUCAGCAAGGAACAGACUGAAAGCACCAGAUGAUACUUCCAUACAAGUUAGUAACUGUGAGAAAAUAACAGAAACAUUGUACGAACUGUAUAACGACGAAGCGCCUGGUAUAUAUUCUGCGUUGGCUCAGUUCAGUGUUGAUGGACAGUACCUCGCUACUUACGUACCUUCAUAUCCGAACACUCUGUGGGUGUGGCGACUAGUGGAUGAUACUCCUCUGGACACCGUGAUUGUACUCAAUGAGGACACUAGCGUAAAAGGUAUUUUCUGGCAUAAGGAAGAAGCGAUUUUGGGAGCCAAUCUGAACCCAGGAAGAAUUCUAGUUUGGACACCUGAAAAAACCGUAAUUAUAAACUGCAAAGACAGUCCUUGGCCUUUGACUGCUCAAGAAUAUCUAACUUCUGUAAAAAUAAACGAAGAACUAUCAUGAGUCUGUGAUUAAAUAUUAUUUUUUAAACUUUUUAUAUUUUUAUGUAUUUUAUUGCAAGUGUUGGAUUUUUCAUAUUAAAAUAUU